AUGGAAAAUGUGUGUAAGGACCGAGGGGACAGUGAUUUGAUAAGUAUAGAUAAUAUAAUCACUAAGUAUGAUCAGUAUAAUAACGGUACAGUAAGAAAUGAAGAAUUGAGAAGAGACAUAGAAAGAUUUAUGUUUCAGUAUAAUUGCCUAGAUGAAUGUGAAAAGAAAUUAAUUGAUAUAAUUAAAAGUUGUGAAAAUUAUGAAUGUAAAAAAUUUCAAGGAUAUUACUUAUUUAUAACAAACAUAAUAAAAGAAAUAUGUCACACUGAAUUGAUUCCAAUAAUAUACAACGAAAUAUUAGAAGAGAGAAAUGCAAAAAAUGAAACUUUUUAUCUUAGUAGGUAUCACUAUAUUAUAACAGAGAAUCAAGAAGAAACUGAAGAAAGUUAUAAAAUAAUAUGUGAAAGGGUUUAUAAAAAGUAUAUAUUAGUGUUUAUUAAAUUAUUAUAUUAUUCAUCCAAUCUGUCAACACAUUUACUUAGUAACUUAAUAAGUUCUUUGUCUUGUAUGUGCAUAUUAAUAUCUAAAUAUGACACUUUUAACGAACCAAAUGAGAAUUUUUCAGAGCUAAUAUAUAGAAUAUUUUGGAAUUAUUUUUCCAAAAGUUUUGAAUUCGAUAAUGAAAAUUAUCUUUCCUUAAACGAUGAUGAUGAUGAAGAUGACACAUCAUCUUCCUUCUAUAGUGAAUUGUUAAAUGAUCAUAAUGCCAUAACAUUGGAAAAUAUUAACAAUAUUUUUAAUGAAAAAAAAAAAAGGAACUCCACGAAUGAAUCUGAAUCUAUUACUUCAGAAAGGGAGAAUGAGAACAAUUCUCAAAAAAAAAAAAAAAGGAAAGAAAAAAAGAUUCAAGAAAAAACGAAAGAUGACAAAACUGAAUUUUGUGUUAAUACGAAAGAGUUCGAAAAUUACAAGAAAACGGAUGAACCUUUUUUUGGAAGACAUAUAGUGAAUAGAAGUGAUAUAAAUGGUAUGGGAAAGCUUCACGGCGAUACUCAAAAUGAUGCUUGUGAUAUUGUUGAAAACAGGAACAUCACUGAAGAAAUUAACAACGUUCGUGGAGGACAUGAUAAUAAUCGUGUAGAAAGUUACUAUUUAGCUGAAAUCGAUAAUAAUUGUGAAAGUGAAAAUUUUGAUGAAAAUCAAGCUAAUACUAACAUGGAACUAAUUGAAAAUAACAGCAACGUGAAUAAGCGACGACAUGCAUAUUAUGGUAAUAAGGAAAAAAAAAAAAAAAUAAAAAAAGAAAGUAAGGGUGAAGAAUUAUCCAACAAUUUUUCCAUUUUUACUAAUGAGGAAUAUACAGAACGUAAUGAAGAUAAAGAAACUACUAGAAAAGACGGUGUUAACAUAAGCAUUAAUAACACACAGGAAUUUACAACCGAACAAGAUAUGUAUGAACUGAUGGAGGACGACAAGGUGUGCAUUGAUGCUGUUCCUUCCACGUGUCCCUCUCUUUAUUUAGGGGAUGAGAAAUUGGAGGAAGUUUAUGAAGGAAAAGUUGAGCUAGCAGAAAAUGACUGUUUGGGUGGAAGUGGAAUUGGAAAUGAUGGAAGUGGCAUUGGAAAUGAUGGAAAUGGUAUUGGAAAUGAUGGAAAUGGAAUUGGAAAUGAUGGAAAUGGUAUUGGAAAUGAUGGAAAUGGUAUUGGAAGUGGCACCGUAAGCUUCCAAUCAAAUGGACACAUGAAUGAAUUUUCGAAGGAAUAUCCAGAGGAACAUCCAAAUGAGCGCACACUUGAAGAGGACAUGGAGCGAAGGAGCUCUUUCCCCGUAAAACAAGAUCUGGAGAAUGAAAACAUCAUGUUUGUGAAUAUUAUUUUGAAUGUUUAUAUGAACAUGUAUAAUAUCAGAAAUGUGCAAAACUUCUUGUUUUACCACGAUAACCAAGUGUCUUAUAAUGAAUUCCUACUAUACAACGUUGAAAUUGUGGUUGAUCAGAUGAAAAGUAUGAUAAAUAAGAUAAAAAAUAAUCUAAGUGAAUCCAUAAUUUAUUUUCUGAAACUAAAAUUUUUAAUUCUUCUGUUUCUGACUAAGUUAGCAAAGAGAAAUUCAAAAGACUCCAAGGCAGGUAAAUAUUCCAAAAAAGAAGAUAACUGGGAUCAACCCGUUCCAAGAGGAGAAAAAAAGUAUACUAAUAUUGAAAGUGAUAUAAUCGGCAGAAAAGAUUAUGGAAAUGAUCAGAGCAACUACCACCCCUACUACAGUGGUGGUAAUUGGAACCAUAAUAGUAACAUCAACACGGACGAGCUUCAAAACAAUUUUCCAAAUAACCAUGAAUUGGAUUUAUUUCGGUUACUAAGAAAGAAAGAAUCACUUGAUGACAAUAAACUAAAAUUGGAUAAUAUAAAUAACAGUAGCAUGUUAUUGUGUACUGUAGAUACAUCCUCUGCAAGGGAUAAUUGCGAAGGAGGUGGUAGUGUCAGUGGAAGUAUCAGCGGUAGUAUCAACGGUAGCAUCAGCAGUAGUAUUGCAGGUUAUGAUUUCACCGUUAAUCAAACUCUCCAGGAGAAUAUAAUAAAUAAUAAUGGUUAUAACUUAUAUCCAAACACAUACAAUAUAAUAUACAAUGGAGGUACUAAUAGUAUUCCAUUUGCUAGUAAUAAUAUAAAUGAUAUUUGCAACAAUGUAACGAAUAGUUGUGAGCAUUUAAGUGUGGAUUACAAUUAUAACAUGUCAAAUAAAAACCAAGGAAAUGAAUGUGUCGAGAUAAACAAUGAACAUAGUACUGUUAGUCUUGCACCUGUGAACCCCAGUUCAGAUGAUUUAAUAAAUAUAAGUAAAUAUAAUACCACUACAAAUGAUAUUCAAGAUGGAACCAUAAGUAUCAGUAAAGAUGUCGUUACUUUAAGCGACGAUCAAGGUGUCCACAUAAAUGAUGACAUAUAUAGUAAUAUAAACCCAUCAUAUUGUAAUGUAGAUAAUAGUGAAGGUGUAUAUACUACCUUUAACGACAGUGCCAACAGCGGAUACUAUUUUCCAAACAAUGAACAAACUUUUCUUGAUUCGAAUCAAAGCUUAAGUAAUAUAGACAAUGAUCAAAUUAGUAACUACUACAGUAGUCCAAUCAGCUUUAGUAAUAAUGAUUCGUGUACAGGUAUUAAUGAUAUAUUUAUAAACAAUAUGAAAAACAAUAUGUUUGCAUAUGGAAUGAAUACCAACGCUUUAAAUUGUAACGGUUGUAGCAGUGGUGGUAGUAAUAUUAACAACUUUGGUUAUGCAAAUAUGAAUAGCAAUAACCUUGGUAAUAUGUACCACUGUGAUGGUAACAAUUACGCCUUUUUACUUAAGAAUAAAGAGGAUAUUGCUUCAGAAACGUGGAAUAACUUUCAUGAGGAAGCUUAUAGAGAAGAAUUUGAAGAAGACGGAGAAGAAGAUGGUGUAGGAAGAAAAAAACAAAAUAAAAACAAAAUGAAAAUGAAUGUAAAAGUGAAAGGGGAAUAUGAACUAGAGAUGGGAGAUAUUAUUUUAAAUCGUGAUUUUAUGAAGAAUAAUUUAAAAAAGAGUAAUUUCGAAGUUAUAAGAGAUAUGAUAAAUAAUUUAUACAAUAAUAGCUUUUUAGAAAUUUUAGAUAUUUUAUUAAAAUGUGUAGAAAUAGAUUUCAAAGAUGACAAUGUUAUAAUUAUUAACAAAAUUUUUUCAUGUAUGUUGAAAAGUACAAGAUACUGCAACGAAUUUAAUAAGUACAAAAUAUAUGUCUAUAUUUUAAGCAAAAUUGACAAACUUAUAAAGAGUAAAAGAUAUGAAGAGAACAAUUCUACGUUAAAUAAUUACAAUUGCUACUUUUUAUUAAAUUUAAUUUUUAAUUUGUUUAAAAUGAAUAAGAGGAGGAAGAGAAGAAACAUAUGGUAUAUGCUAUUCGAAAUACAUGUAAGUAAAAUUAAAAGAAAGACAAGUAUGAAAAUGAGUUCCUCCAAAGUUGACGAACAUCAUUUUGACCUGCCCCAGCAGCAACAGCAACAUCAUAAUCAUUAUCAUCUGAUUGGUGCGAAUGAUUAUAUGAAAAAAAACAAUAGCAAGAACAAUGAAUUGGCUGCAAAAAUGCUGCUAUCAUCAUUGAUAAGAAGUAACGAGAAGAACAAACAUAUGAAAUGGGAUCAAAUGAAAAGUUCAAAUGCAGUUGUAUCAGAAAAUGAAAAUGAUUUGAUGACUUUAUGUGAGGGUAAAAAAUUUUUAAUAAAUAAUAUAAUUAAUUUUUUAUUAGAGUGUUGUAUUAGCAAAGGUUGUAUUAUUAGAUACAUGAGUUUGAGAAUAUUUUAUAUGAUGACUAUUUUAUUAAUCGAAUUUAUUAAACAUAGAUCCUUAAGUUAUGAAGAAAAGGUGUUAAAAAAUUACAUAAUGAAAUCUAUAUAUCAGAAUUUUUUCCUUUGCAUAUUUAACAUUUUAAAAGAACCAGAAACGAAUAUUUAUAUAUAUCUGAAGUUUAGAAAUUUAUGUGUAAGUUUGUUAUUUAUUUGCUCCAAAAUCUUGUCACCUUCCUUUUUAAACGAAUUUUAUGAUAAAGUCAUUUUAUACAACCUCUGCUACAUUGACUGCUUUUACAAAAGCAAGGAAAUUUUUUCGCACAGUGAUACAAAUGGCCCAGGUUAUGAUGAUAUCAUGUUAAGGAAUAUUCAAUCUAUGUUUUUAAAUAACUCAAAGGACCUCUACGUAUUUGCAUUCUUAGUUUUGUUCAAAAACUGUAGAAAUGCAGCAAACUAUAAAAUUGUGAGUACUAUUUUGAACAUAUCCUCUGAGGAGGUUAGGGCCAUAAUGGGGAGUUUAUUUAUGCACACAGGGACGGGGGAUAGCCAGGAGAGUCAGGAAAACAAGAUUGUUGGGUCUGGCAGAAGUGGAGGAGGAUUUGGAGUGGGGGUUAGUGAUGACAUAAUUGCGUUGUCAGUAGAACCUCCAUCAGAACGGCCGCUCGAACGGCCACUCAAAGCGUCAACUGAAGCUUCAGCUGAACAGCCAACCCAUGUGACAAAUGGUAGGUCUUCUCCUAGCAGGGCACACAAUAGUAGCGUCCCCCUCGUAGAUGCAAAGGAAUCUGUCAGUUUAAAGAAAAAAAAAGAAAACAAUAAAGCAGAACAGUUUCGAGUAAAAAAUAUAAACAUGAACGAUUUUCUUAGCAAUGAUAUUCAAGUGAAACUAAGAAUAAAAGAGCAAAAUGAAGAAGAAAUGAAAGAAAUAGUAUAUAAAAAUUUGUAUUUUAUAAAUAUAUUUUUUUUUUCUGAACUUAAAAAAAAAGGAAUAUACGAUAAUAGUUUUAUUUACUACACUUUCAAUUGUAUAUAUUGUUUUUUGAACAUAUACAUUAACCGAUUUACCUUUUGUUUCUACUUUAUCAAAAAUGAACACAGUUACCUGAAUAACUAUUUUAACGUAGAUUUUUCAACUAAGAAUGAUAAUAGCAGUAAUAGUAACAAUAAUAAUGACGUUGAUGAAACAAGUGAAAUGAAAGAUCAAAAAAAUAUAGAAGAAUUUAUAGUGGAAAUGCUAACACUAUUUAAAUAUUUUUUACAAAUUAUUUCGGUCAUUGAAGAGAACUUAAUUAGUGUAAAUAUCGAAACAUUAUUAAAGAAAAAAACGCGAGGAAAUAAUGAAUUGAGAAAUUUAAAAAAUUUAAAAAAAUUAACCAUUUUAGAAUUAGAUAAAUUUUAUUUCAUUUUUGUAAAUUUAUUAAAAGUUCUUCUAUUACUGACUAGGAUAAAUGAUUACUGCACAAACCAUUUUGAAUAUUUCUUUUUCAAAUUGAUACAGUUAUUAGACAAUGAAUUAAUUGGGAUUACGACCAAGAAACAUAUUUUAAAAUUUUUAAAAUACUUCUCCUACAAAAAAAAGUUCAAAGAUACUAUUAUUAGCAGAAUAAAUCAUUUUCAUUCAAAGUUAAAAAGUAGAAGGAAAAAAAUAUCUGAUGUGUUUGCAAAAAAAGAAUAUAUAAGACAAGAGCUUUAUUUUGCGUCAUUCGGAAAAUGUGACAACCUUGGUGCUAGUACCACAAUCAGUGUUGAUGAGAAUAAAGGGAAUGAAAAUGUAUAUUUGCAGAAGAGUCAAAACCAACACGCUGAUGUUAAUUGUAUCAAAGUAGAACAUGGUGAGAAUGUUGUGCAUAGGAAAGUAUCCAUUGCAAUACAUCCCCAGAUUGAGGGACAAACAGAAGUUCUUCCUCAAACAAAGGAAGCACCACCACCUGAAUCAGCAUUAUUAUUUCCAGGAGGUAAUAAAAACGAAAAAAAUAAAUCAAGCAGAAAGAGGUCAAAUAAUAGCAGCCGCAGAAGUAAAUCCAAUUCAAAGAAGGUGCAAAAUAGUAUGAACAAUGCAGAGGACAUACCUGCUAUUUCUCUGAAAACGGAAAAACAGGGCGAACCUGAUGUUAAAAAUAGUGGCAUAACAGAAGAGUGCAAAGAUGUAGACAGAUGUAAUUGUCAAAGUGACAGUCAGAGUAACAAACCAAAUGUUAAUAUGGGGAACAGAGGAGAAACGGAAAAAGUACAAACCAAGGGUUGCACAAAUAAAGAAGGAAUAAUUAAAGAUGAUAAGAAGGCAUCAGAAGCGAGCAAAUUGAUCCCUAUGAAUGUAAAUACAGAUGGUAAUCAUGUGAAGACGACUAAUAGUAGGAGCAAAAGGAGAAAAUGUAAUAACAUCAAAAGUGACGAAAAAAAUAUUGACAUUGAUACAAACCCAAAGCAAAUGAUGGAUGCAGAAAAAGAGAAGGAAGAGGAGAAAAGGGAUGAUACUAAAAAUUGCAAAGCAGAAAACGAAAUAAAAAUGGAGGAACAAGCAGAAAUUAAUAAUGCGGCUGAAAUCGUUAUAGAACCCGAACCUAGACGAAGUCGGUAUGGAAGGAAAAGUGGUGUUAAUACAAAAGAGAAAAAUUUUAGUCACUUAAUUGAAGAAGAACAUGAACAGCAAAGGAACAAUAGACGAAUGAGCAGACGUAAGGCUGCUGCAAGUUCAGGUGAUAGGAAAGGGCGAAGUGGAACCAAAAAAAAAGAGGAAAACAAAGGGGGAGAUCUGGGUACAGUUCUACCUUCCAAUGAUUUACAAAAAGACCCUCCCUGCAUAGCACCAAGUGGAGAUCAGAACCAAUUGGCAUGUGACAAAAAUGAUAAUAAUAAUGAUAAUAAUAAUGAUAAUAAUAAUAGUAAUAAUAAUAAUAAUAAUAGUAAUAGUAAUAAUAAUAGUAAUAGUAAUAAUAAUAGUAAUAGUAAUAAUAAUAGUAAUAGUAAUAGUAAUAAUAACAAAGAGCAAACGAACAUUAUGGUAGUAGAAGGUAACUUUCCUGAAGAAGGCGUUGGUGAGGUAAAAAAAAGAGGCGAUAUUUUACCUGAUGGCAUAAGUUGUAGCACAGUAAAUAAAGCAAAGGAAGGAGGAGAACAAAAUUUUGAACGUAUAAAUGAGAAGAAUAUGAGCUUAAAAAUUGUUUUAAACUGUAAUAGUAGUUUAAUAGCUGAGAUGGAUAGGUUAAAUCAUUAUAAGAAGUAUAGCAAUUUAAGCAACUAUAAAGAGUAUAAAAUGGAAAAAUGUUUUUAUGAAAAUAUAGAAUUAUUUCUUUUAAGUAUAUUUAUUUUUGAAAGAAGCAUAAAAUUAAAUAGCACAGAUGUGUUUUUAGAAAAUUUUGAUAAAAUAAGUGAAUUAAUUGAUUUUUGCAAAACUAAUCACAUCGAUAGAGGGGUAGAAAAAAUAUUAAAUAAUUUAUUUUAUUAUUUAAGUGAAAUUAAAAAUAGCAAAAAAUAUGUACACAGUAUGAUAAAAUUAAUUAGCAAUUCGUUUCUGCAUAUACCAAUAUACAAAAUCUCGGAAUUUUGCUUUAUUUUUAUUUCUUUUUGUUGCCUCUUUAAAAAUUCAAAGAAAAAACACAUUAACAAAAUAAUCAUUCAGAAUUUUAUUGUCAUCUGUCUGACCUAUAUUGACACCUUGAAGAAGAGAAUUUACACCAGAAGAAGUCGUUUGUCGUUUAAGAGAUUCCAAAAUAAGCCAAAUGAAAAACCGGAGCAAAAAAUUAAGGAAUAUGAAAACAAUAACAAGAAAUUUAAGAUUCAUCCUCGCGAAAAUGGUAUACAAAAAACUAUAAAUGAAAUGGAGAUCAAAGUAGAUCAUACUGUGAUCGGAGGUACAAACCAGGGUGUCCAAAUGAAUUAUGCAGAUGAUGCAACAAAAAGGACUAACACGACUAAUGAGACUAGCACACAAAAGAACGAAACUGAUUUAACGAAUCUAACAAACCCAAUCGCUGUAGCAGAAAAGGAACAGCUGAUGAAGGAUGAGACAAAUAAAAGAUCGAGAAGCAAAAAAAACAGUAGUAGAAGUGGAGUUAGUAGAAGUUCCAGGUCGAAAAGGAACGCCAAGAAAGAGGAAGAAACGAUAGGUCAGGAGAUAACAUCGAAAGAGGUAUCUAUGAAAGAGGAAGCCACAAAAGAGGUAGCCACAAAAGAGGUAGCCACAAAAUGGGGUAUAAAACAAAAAAUGAACGCACAGGAUGCAAGUGUAAAACCAACAAACAACUGUUAUGACAACAAUUUAAGAAAUGUUAGAAGAAACAAUUUGGAUUACAGGAUCCCAGGUUCUAGAAUCGGUGGUGCACUUUUCAAUGACUAUUUCCAGCCACGAGAAGCAUUGCUUUUUCAGCAUAGCAAAAGCGAAGAGAAAGAAAUAACAGAUAAGUUGCUUUUGAAUUUAAUUAACCUGUACAUAAAUUUUAUGUGUUCUUUUAAUUUUUACUAUCUAACAUUUUAUGAAGAUAACUAUAUCAUUUUGAAGAAUAUUUUGUUUCUAGGUAUAAAUAAAGUAUUGCAAAAAAGGGCUAAUAAAAAAUUGACAAGCUUUAUUUUGUCAUUUAUUUACAUUUUAAUGUGUCUUUUGCUAAAAGUAAAGAUGAAAGAGGAGUUUAUAUUAACGCUGAGUAGAGAUAAGGUAAACGAACAAAGAGAAAAAGGGAACGAAAGAAGAGAAAUGUGCAGAAAAAUGGAACAUUUGAAUGUGAAAAGUAAAAGUGGUGAUAAUAAAUUAAGUGAUUUAAGGGAAGAGGGAGGGAUAGAUCAACGAGAAAAUAAUGGUGACAAAAGGUUUGUAGUAAAAUAUUUAAUUAACCUUAUAGACGAAAAUAUGUAUAAAAAUAUAAAUCAAAACAAGAAAUAUAAAUUGAGGAAAAAUAUAAAAAAAGUGUUAUGUUCAAAAGGUAGUGAAAUUUUGGAGAAUUACAAUUAUUUUCCAAAAAAAUGUUUUUAUAAGAAUAAAAUGGAUAUACAUAUAGAAAAAAUUUUCCUUGUGAAUAAAAAGAAAAAAUUAGUUAUAACAAGUUCAUUAAAUUUGAAAGAAAAUUUAAAAAAGUUAAACACUAUUUGUAGUAAUUUUUCGUAUAAAUUUAUAUACACCCUUUUAUCCGAGCCCUUAUCAUAUGAAAAAAGCAAUGGAUGGCUAAUAAGUCGUGUUUUUAAAAAAGAUAUGAAAAAAGAUACCAAUUAUGCGAAAUAUAACUUUUUGGAUUACAUUAUAUAUUCAUGUUUUUAUACAAUUUUUUGUAAAGUAAAAUUGAUUAAAAUGAUAAAGACACAUUAUAAGAAGGUCGUGUCGGAUACACAACGAAAUAGCACAUGUUUUUCAGAGAAUAUAAAAAUGAAAUCGUAUAUAUAUAACCAGAAAAAGUAUUCUACAUUACAAUUUUAUUUAUCUGUUGAAAUUCUUAACAUAAUAUUUAACAAUUUAAAAUUUCUUCCAUUUAAUUCGAUAAAGUUAAUUAUAGAUAUAUUUUUAAAUAGAUCUUUUGCAACCUUAUGGAUAGAUGGAAACAAGGAAAAUAUAAUAAAUAAAUUCCAAAGAUUAUUUUACAAUUUCUUUUCGGACGUUUUUUAUAUACAAUCCGAGAAACUUAUUAAUUUACCUCAUUUUCUUUAUCAAUACCAGAAAAGUAUUUUUCUUUUAAAUUUAGUCAUAAAUUCCCUUGUGUGUACGAAGAAAAAAUCCUUCGACAAUUACCUCAUUUUAGAUAUUUUGAAGCACUGUUUUCCAAGGUCUGAUUUUGACAACUAUAACGGUUCUUCCGAUAAGAAGAAUGAAGAUAAACGGGUGAUUGAACGUUCCCACAGGAUGUUACGCAGCAAGAAGGUAAAUAUUGUUAAUUAA